AGGUCCACGCUGCGCGAGCGACGGCAGAAGGCCUUGGAUCAACUCCAUGCGGCUUUGCAGGAGGGAAAUACUCUGCGGGCAGCGAUCCUGAUAGACACCUGGGGACAAGGUGAUUCCGAUGAAGCCAAAAUGGAUCCUUUACAAAGACCGGAGCUCCACAUCCUCCUGGAAGAGGCCGCCCGUCAUGCGCCUCAACUGCUGCCGGUGCUGGCGGAGCAGCUGGAGCAACGAGGGGUUGCACUGGAUUGGUCCUUGGGCAACGACUGUCGCAGCAACUUUGGCAGAUACGCGCUGGAUGCUGCGCUGGAGGUGCUGGUGAAGGAGAUGCGAAACGAGGCCGCAGCCCUCUCCCUGCUGUCCCUGGGUCAAGGAAGUGGCAAAGGUGACACUUAUCAAUUGGAUUCUGAUCCAUUAAUGCGCGCAGCGGCCGCGCAGGGGAUGACGAGGCUCGUGGAGAAAUUGGUGAAGGACUGCGGUGCAGAUGUGAAUUCCAAGGACCCUCGCUUUGGAAGUAGCGCCCUGGAUCGAGCAUUGGAUGCUGGCAAGGAGCAAACGUCACUGAAGCUCUUGCAGCUGGGUGCCGAUCCAACCGUGGGCAAGGGCGUGGACUACGUUCUGGCUCGCGCAGGACCAAAGGUGCGGGCGCAGUUGCCGCUCAGCUCCAUGAGAAGCGCAGCUGGGGCAUCCUCAGAGGUGGACUUCAGCGGCUUGCGGAGCAAGCUCCAAAAGACUUCGGAGCGCAUGGUGCUACAGCAGCUGGAAAAUCAGAGGUUCUCCAAAGUGCAACUGGCACAGUUGCUGCAGGAAGCCGCAAGAAUCGGCUACAAGCCACGUCUUCUGCGACAGCUUUACGACACCUUGGCCGAAGAGCUUCCAUUGAACUGGGACGAGGCUGAUGUCACGUCCGACGCCGCCUUUGCACGGCGGCCGUUAGAUGUGGCACUGGAGACGGCGGUGGAGGAGCCAUCGAUCUCCACGGGGAGCGCACGGUGA